AUGGCGAGAAGACAGCCCGUUGCACACGUUGAGCAGCACAACGUCUACCAAGACGUCAACGCCGAUGCCGCAAAGGCUGGCGUUGCCGUUGAGGAGGUUGUCGCGGCUCGCAUCACCGAGGACCACUUGGUCACCAAGUCGAGAGAAGCCUUGAAGCUACGAUCAAGGGCCGGCUUUCGUCUCUUCCUCAUCAUGCUUGUCAUGGCCGUUAACCAGGCUGGCUACGGUAUCGAUUGGGGUGUAAUCAGCAGUAUCAACUCCAACACCCACUGGCACGAUUACUUUGGCUUCGAGAACAAGGGCUCCACGCUUGGCGUCAUCAACGCCCUCAUGACCAUUGGCAACUUCUGCGGUGCACCUUUCCUCUGCUUGGCUGACAAGGUCGGUCGACGCAGCGUCAACUUUGCCGGCUGCUUCCUCACUGUCGCUGCCGCCGCCAUCCAAGCUGCUUCGCCUAACGUUGCUUGUCUGAUGGCUGGACGUUUCAUCCUGGGCUUCGGCACUGCGCUUUGCACGAGUUCGCAGUACAUUGCCGAGGUUGCGCCUCCACAUAUCCGUGGACACAUCGUCGGUAUCUUUGGUGCCUUCUUCCAAGUGGGUUCCCUCGCCAUCAUCGGAAUUAUGAUGGGCUUCACCCACUGGGAAAGCAACUGGAGCUGGAGAGUCGCCUUCCUCAUCCAAGCCGCCUUCCCUGCCUUUGUUUGCUGCACCAUCUACUUCCUCUGCCCCGAGUCUCCUCGAUACAUGGUCAUGAAGGGACAGAGGGAGAAGGCUCGCCACAUGAUCUCACGCUAUUUCACCUCGUCUGAAGACGUCAACCAUCCUUUUGUCGAUGUCAUGAUGUCCCAGAUUGACGAGUCCAUCGAGACCAGUGUUGUGGGUUUCCGUGCUACCUGGGAUUUCCGCGUCUUCUUCACCAAGGCCGCGGCCUUCCGUACCUGUAUCCUUGCUCUGUACUCUGUCUUUCAACAGUGGAAUGGUGGUGGCAUCAUCGGCAUGUACCUGGACCCCGCCCUCGAGACCAUCGGAAUCACCAAGAAGCUUGAUGUUCUAGGUAUCAACCUCGGUCUGACGGCUACCUACUUCGUCUUUACCCUCUUCGGUGCCUACAUCAUCGAAUAUUUCCGUCGACGCACUCUAAUCUUUGCCGGAUUGAUUGCCAUUAUUGUCGCUCAGAUUGCAGUCACCAUCACUAGCUGGCAGGUCGAGCAGCAGGAAAACGCACGAUACCUGUCGUAUCUCACGGUUUUCUGGAUCUAUGGCUUCCAGGUCUGCAGUGCCUCGUUCAUUGCUACCAUGCACAAUCUGUACCCAGUUGAACUGCUCUCCCUAGCCCUCCGAGCCAAGGGUAUGGCCAUGUACACCAUGUUCCAGGGCGCUGCCGGUGUCGUCCACAACUACGGCAUCUCAGUCGGUAUCCAAAAGAUCGGCUACAAGAUCUGGGCCGUCUACAUCGUCUACAACUUCUGCCAGCUGAUCAUCGCCUACUUCGUCUUCCCUGAGACGGGCAAGCUCAACCUCGAGGAAAUCGACCACAUCUUUGAGACCAAGGGUGCCAACCCCGUCAAGCUGAGCGUCAAGGUUGCCGACGCCAAGUGGGGUUCGCUCAAGGCGGAGAAGCUCCGCGCGCGGAAUGGGGGCGUUGUGGAGGUUUAG